AUGUAAUCUCAAAUUGAUGCACUCAAAUAGCAUCUUGAGUAUGAAAAGUAGAUUCACGAUAAGUAAUUGAAGCAAGUCAAGCUGGAUGGAUAAAAAGAAAUUGCAGUACUUUAAGAUGAACUAGAUUAGUUGAAAGUGAUGAUUGAAAAUGUCGAUUUCUAAUAGUAUAUCAAAAUGAAGAGUGACAAUAAGAAUUUGAUACAAGAGAAUGCUAUUCUGCGUGAAAUGUUGAGAGCUAGUUAGAUUACAGGUUCUACAAAAGAAAUAGAACUUAAAAGAUUGAAAUAGAAAAUGCAUAGAUAUGAAAGUCAUUCAUUACAAUUGAAAAAGGACUUUCAGGUAGUGUAAUGGAAAUAAUAAUAGUCUCAAUUCUUGGAAGCUAGAAAUUUAUCACAUCACAGAAAUCAAACCCAACCUUCUCUUUUGGAUUCCACAGCAGAAACGUCAACUAAGUUGUUGCCCAUAAAAUUUAAGAUUAAUUAAUGA